GCCAAACCUCUCGGUAACCGUAACCAUUUUCCUUUCUUCUCUAGUCACUCCAGCUCUCUCCAAAAUUGGAAAAUCUGUGUCUAUAAAUUUGAGAUCAGUCUCUCAAACGAAACACACACACUGGAACCACCUCAGAUGGGAGACGUCAAGCGCAAAAGAGGACGAAAGCCCAAAAAACUAAAAGCUGAAACCCUAGAUUGCCAAACCACCGCCACCAACGCCACCACGUCCAACGCCGCCAUGGACGAUGUCGUCUUCUCCGUCGGCAAGGUGGAGCUCAUUGACGAACCCUCCUCCAACAACCUCCUCCGCCGCCGCCGUGGUCGUCCCCCCAAAACCUCCCAAAACGCAGAAAAACCCGACAAAACCCUUGUGGCCUCUCCCACGAGACGAAUUGAGAACGGGAAUGCCGUGGCGCAUAAUCUGGUUGCAGUGGCGGAGGGGCCUGUUGCUGCAGCGAGGUGGGAGAGUGCGGCGAUGACGAAGAUGGUGCCGUCGAUGGAUGCCGUGGUGAAGGUGUUUUGCGUGCACUCGGAGCCGAAUUUCUCGCUGCCGUGGCAGAGGAAGAGGCAAUACAGUUCGAGCAGUAGUGGGUUUGUCAUUGGUGGGAAGAGGGUGUUGACGAAUGCGCAUUCGGUGGAGCACUUUACACAAGUCAAGUUGAAGAAACGUGGCUCUGAUACUAAGUACUUGGCAAGGGUUCUUGCUAUUGGCACUGAAUGCGAUAUUGCUAUGCUUACUGUGGAUAAUGAUGAAUUCUGGGAAGGGAUAUCACCUUUGAAAUUUGGGGAUUUGCCUGCACUUCAAGAUGCAGUGACAGUGGUUGGAUACCCAAUUGGGGGAGACACGAUCUCUGUGACAAGUGGGGUUGUUUCACGCAUAGAAAUUCUAUCAUAUGUUCAUGGGUCUACUGAGCUUCUAGGGUUGCAGAUAGAUGCUGCUAUAAACUCGGGAAAUUCUGGUGGACCUGCCUUUAAUGACAAAGGCAAUUGUGUUGGUAUUGCAUUUCAGUCCCUUAAACAUGAAGACGUGGAGAAUAUAGGUUAUGUCAUACCAACAACAGUCAUCAUGCACUUCAUUCAAGAUUAUGAGAAAAAUGGAGCAUAUACUGGAUUCCCAAUACUCGGGGUUGAGUGGCAGAAGAUGGAGAAUGCUGAUUUGCGUCUGGCAAUGGAGAUGAAACCUGAUCAGAAGGGUGUUCGUAUCAGAAGAAUUGAUCCUACUGCUCUAGAAUCUAAGGUUUUGAUGCCAAAUGAUAUCAUCCUCAGUUUUGAUGGGGUCGAUAUUGCUAAUGAUGGAACGGUUCCUUUUAGGCAUGGAGAGCGAAUUGGUUUUAGUUACCUCAUCUCUCAAAAAUACACUGGAGACAAUGCCGUGAUUAAAGUUCUUCGCAAUUCUGAAGCACUCAUAUUUGACAUUAAACUUGCGACUCACAGAAGGCUCAUUCCGGCACACAACAAGGGCAGACCUCCCUCGUAUUACAUUAUUGCAGGACUUGUUUUUGGAACUGUUUCUGUUCCAUAUCUCCGUUCUGAGUAUGGUAAGGAUUAUGAAUAUGAAGCUCCAGUCAAGCUUUUAGACAAACUUCUGCACGAAAUGCCACAAUUACCAGAUGAGCAGCUUGUAGUGGUUUCUCAGGUGCUUGCGGCCGACAUCAACAUUGGAUAUGAAGAUAUUGUCAACACUCAGGUUCAUGCUUUUAAUGGUAAGCCUGUGAAGAAUCUGAAAAGCUUGGCCAGUAUGGUGGCGAGCUGCGAUGAUGAGUUUUUGAAAUUUGAUUUAGAAUACCAACAGAUCGUGGUCCUUAAGACAGAGACUGCCAAAGCAGCAACUCUAGACAUCCUGACAACGUAUGGCAUACCUUCAGUCAUGUCUGAUGAUCUCAAGACAUGAUAUCAGAUGAUCGCCGUGGCAUUAGUUUUCCAUUUUGACCUCCCAGUGGCCCCAAUUUUGAUUUUUUAGCCUCUUGGAGUUCACAUUGGGUGCACUGACCUUUUCAUUGAAGUUACUCAACAUCCAUAAGGAAGAGUUAUUAUUUGGUAGGUAUGCUUGCUAGCUACUUGUUGGUAGUUUUUAGAUAUCAUUUGUUGACUUGGUGCUGUGAAUGUGGAGUAGAUCAUUUAAGGCCAGUUGAAUGCAUCCCGCUUGGUUCUAUAUAUAUACUCCACUUGGAAGGAGUCUUCGAGAGGAUUGAUCUAAUUAUGAUGAUUUUCUGCUUGGGAGCAUCCUGCUUCUUUAUUUAUUUUUCUGCCUUAAUCUAUUGGGCCGUAUUGAGGAUACACAAGUCUUGCUUAUAAUUUAUGUUUAUUACAAAUUCAACAGUUCAUGUUCAGGAAAUUGAUAAACUUUCAGUUUGCAAUGUCCAUAUGUGUACCAUGGGUUCUGGCAUAGAAUAUUGUGGGGGUAUAUAGCGGUUAACUGAGCUAGGAGGGGAAUGUAGUUCAAUUUGGAGUGGGUAGCAUAUCUUCCGCGGAAAGUAUUGUACACUGAAGGGAUUAUCAUUUUGGUUUGUGGCCUGCUAUUUUGUACCUCUUUGAAAGUUGGCCUGGCUGAGUGAUGAGCAAAGAUGGUUAUCUAUAUAGGCCAUGGAGUUUGGGGGCCACUGAAAUGCCAGAAUUCAAAAAGAUUCAUAGGUAUGGAGGGUUGCAGGAGUCUGUUCUUGCACCCUUGGAUUUUAUGGCUUUUUAUCCCUUUUUGAGGCAGCUUCAUUAAGAAUGUAUGCAUGACUGGGAAUUGAUUUAGUAUUUCCGCUAAUUAAUAGUGUCUUUUUUCUUUUUA